AUCACCAAAUUAAUGGGGAAUUUCACCUUUUCCAUUGUUGUUUCAAUCUUGUUAUUACAUAGCUUUGCCUUCUCCUUGAAUUCUAUCACCACUGAUAAGCAUGCAAUUAAAAUAAUGGAGAAUUUGAAUUUAGCGACCCUAUCAGAUUCCAUGAAACCUAUAAAUAAGUCAGCCUAUCAAAAGAAACGAAGCAGCGAAGAAGCAAACUAAUGGAGAAUUUGAAUUUUUCCUUUGCUCUUUCGAUCAUUUUCUUAAGUAGCUUUGCCCUCUCCUUGAAUUCUAUCACCACUGAUAAGCAUGCACUUAUUUCCUUCAAAAACUCCAUCACUUCCGACCCUUAUGCUAUCUUGAGCAUCAAUUGGUCGCAAAAUACAUCAGUCUGUAAUUGGAUUGGUGUGUCGUGCGGCCGCAAACACGGCCGUGUCACAGCUCUUAAUCUCUCUGGCUACGGCCUUGUUGGAACUCUUGCUCCACAUCUCGGAAACCUUACGUUUCUCAGAUAUUUCGACAUCAACUCCAACAAUUUCAGUGGCUUCUUACCCUUUGAGCUCUCUAAACUGCGUCGCUUGAAGGUGAUGAAUGUGGGAGCAAAUUCAUUCACCGGAAAAAUACCCACAUGGUUGGGCAGUUUACCUCAACUGGAGGAACUCUAUUUGCACAAGAAUACUUUCUUAGGUACAAUUCCUUCAUCUUUGUAUAACAAUACCAAGAACCAGAAGUUACAAAUAUUAAACUUAAACUAUAACCAGUUGAAUGGGUCCAUACCAUAUGCUAUUUUCAAUGUGUCUUCCCUUACAGAAAUUAGAAUUAGAAAUAAUAGCCUAUCUGGUUGGCUACCGAGUGAUAUGUGCGAUAAUCUCCCAAAUAUUGAAGCACUUGAUAUUUCGGCCAACCAACUUUCCGGAGAAAUUCCACCCAACAUAGGGAAAUGCAGACACCUUCAGCAGCUGGUAUUAUCCAUCAAUCAUUUGAAUGGAAAAAUCCCAAGUGAAAUUGGAAGUUUGAGUAGGCUUAAAGAGCUAUACUUGGGCUUUAACGAUUUCAGAGGAAAAAUCCCUGAAGAAAUAGGGAAUCUUUCACAGUUAGAGAUGUUACGUAUCCCAACUUCCUCUCUGACCGGAAAUAUUCCCUCUUCACUGUUCAACAUAUCUUCCUUGAAAUACGUGUAUCUCUAUAACAACAGUUUGUCUGGAAAUAUCCCAAGUAAUAUGUGCGACCGUCUUCCAAAUAUUGAAGUACUUAAUCUUUGGGCCAAUCAACUUUCUGGAGAAAUUCCACCAAACAUAUGGAAAUGCACACAUCUUCAGGACUUGGAAUUAUCUGUUAAUCAUUUCAAUGGAAAAAUCCCAAGUGAAAUUGGAAGUUUGAGUAUGCUUAGAGAGUUGUACCUGAGCAUGAACGAUUUUAGAGGAGGAAUUCCAGCCGAAAUAGGGAAACUUACACGACUAGAGGUAUUAAACAUUGCAAACGCCUCUUUAACUGGAAAUAUCCCAACAUCCAUAUUCAACAUGUCUUCUUUGACACACGUGAACUUGGACUACAACAGCUUAUCUGGUACUCUUCCUUCAAGUAUGGGGAUUUCACUUCUCAAUCUUGAAAUACUUUAUUUGUAUUCUAACAGACUCAAUGGUCCAAUUCCAAGCACAAUCAACAAUGCUUCUAAACUUGUGGAUGUUGACAUGGGAAACAACUCCUUCAUUGGCUCCAUACCAGACCUUGGUAAUUUGAAACAGCUUCAGAUGCUAUAUCUCGAUCACAAUCAUUUGGGCGGAGAGGAAUCUUCAACUCAGGAGUUGACAUUUCUCUCUUCUUUUACUAAAUGUCGAAAUUUGAAGUACUUGGCUGUAUCAGACAAUUCACUGAAUGGUACCCUACCUGCUUCUAUUGGGAACUUUUCCUCUUCUCUUCAAAGUAUUUGGCUACAAAACAGCCACAUCGUGGGUAUCAUUCCUUCUGAAAUUGGAAAUUUAAGUAGUUUGUUGUCUAUACAUUUGGGAGGUAAUCAGCUGCGUGGACCCAUUCCACCUUUUAUUGGGAAUAUGAAGAAACUCCAAAGAUUAUAUCUUUACGGGAAUAAGUUGGAAGGGUCUAUCCCUAACGACGUUUGCCGAUUGAAUAAUUUGGGAGAGUUGAUCCUUUAUAGAAACAUGCUUGUGGGUUCAAUACCAAAGUGUUUAGGUGAAGUUCAAUCCUUGAGAGAGAUCUACUUAGACUACAACCAGUUGAAUUCCACCAUCCCUCCCAACUUCUGGAAUCUUACCGACCUCGUGAAAUUGAGUUUGUCCUCAAAUCAUUUGAUUGGUCAAUUGUCAUCUCAACUUGGAAAUUUGAAGUCAAUCUCCUGUCUAGACUUAUCCUUUAAUCAAUUUUCAGGUAAUAUCCCCAGCUCAAUUGGUGGUUGCCAGUUAUUAGAAUGUCUCUACUUAUCGAAUAAUUUGUUGGACGGAUCUAUUCCCCAAUCCUUAGCAAAUGUUAGAAAUUUGAAAGCAUUGGAUUUAUCUUACAAUAACCUUUCUGGAUCUAUACCCAAGUCAUUAGAAGACCUUCGUUUUCUUGUGCAUUUCAACGCUUCCAACAACAAAUUGGUCGGGGAAAUUCCAGACAAGGGUUGUUUUGGUAACUUGAGUGAUCAAUCUUUUUCCAACAACCUUGCCCUUUGUGGUCCAAUAAGAUUUAAAGUUCCACCAUGCACAAAAAAUCAUCAUAGAUCAAAAAGCUUGAUGAAAUUUAUAGUGCCUUCUGUGAUUUUAGCUGUGACUAUGGUGAUUGUCAUCCUUGUGUUUAUAAAUAAAUUUAAACCGAGGAAAUCAACACUACUUCCCACUGCUAUUUUACCGGUGACGGAAUAUAGAAGAGUUUCUUACAUAGAACUAGAGCGGGGAACCAGUGGUUUUAGUGAGAGCAACCUUCUUGGAAAAGGAAGUUUUGGUUCGGUAUUUGAAGCAACACUUUCUAAUGGGUUGAAAGUUGCAGUAAAAGUUUUUAACUUGCAACUACAAGGAGCAGAAAGGAGCUUCUAUACUGAAACUGAGAUACUUGGGAGCAUUCGACACAGAAACACAGUUCGAGUUAUUGGAUGUUGCAGUAGCCCAGAGUUUAAAGCUUUGGUGCUCACAUAUAUGCCGAAUGGGAGCUUGGAUAAAUGGUUAUAUUCCAGCAUGCAUUGUCUAGAUCUUAUCCAGAGACUGAAGAUAGCAAUAGAUGUUGCAGCAGCCUUGGAAUAUCUUCACCAUGGCCAUACAUGCCCAGUUGUCCAUCGUGAUGUAAAGCCAAGCAAUGUUUUGCUCGAUGAAGACAUGGUCGCUCAUCUUGGUGAUUUUGGUAUUGGCAAACUUUUUGACGAUGGAGAAGUUGUCGUUCAAACACAAACAUUGGCGACUAUCGGCUAUGCUGCACCAGAGUUGGGAAUGGAAGGGAAAGUGUCCACACAUGGAGAUGUGUAUAGUUUCGGGAUAAUGUUGCUCGAGAUGUUUACAGGGAAGAAGCCAACAGAUGAUAUGUUUGAUGGGGAAAUGAGGUUGAAAGAGUGGGUAAGUGAAUCAUUACAAGAAAACUCAGUUCCUAUUGCACCCGUUUUCCUAUCUAGCGAAGAUCGGGAUUUAUGUGCAAAGGAGCAAUGCGUGUUGUCAAUUUUUGAGUUGGCAAUGAAAUGUUUAGCCAAUACACCUCAUGAGAGAAUCAACAUGAUUGAAGCAGCGAACACUCUCCAAAGGAUCUAUGCAACAAGGGUAACAAAAAGGCGUCGUCCACGAUAUGCAUUUUCUGUUGGUAGUCGCAGUAAUGGGUUAUGAUGAUUGUGGCAGAGAAUUUUACUGUAUACUGACUAUGUUGACAGUUCAUGUGGCAUGUACUACCUCCGUCCCAAUUAAGUUGAUACAAAACUUUUGAGCACGGAGAUUAAUAAAUUAUAUUGAAACGUCGGAGAAAUAAAGAGAGAGUAAAGUAGGUAAUGAAAUAAAGUAAGAUUGAUUGAAUUUUAGUAAUAUUUUGAAAUGGAGUUCAUUUUCAUCUA